CGGUUACAAAUGAUCGUUAUGGGCUAAUAUAAUUCGUAACAUUUUAUACAUGGUUGAAAUGUUGUGUCUACAUGGUUGAAUAAUUUAUUGCGAAACAGCAAAUAUGUCAUUCCUUUAUUUAGUUAAACACAUUCGGUAAAGAAAAGCGGACACGUGGGUAUUUUAUGGAUGUAUGGUUUAAAUGAUAUGUGAAUCUUUGUGUGACCAUGACUCGUUAUUUAGCUCAAAGUUUUAUGGUUUAUCUUGUGAUAUUGCUGUUGACAGGUUUAAUCGCCCCUGGAGAUGGCAACAAUGAAACAUCAUCUUCACAUGCAACAGCUUCGCUUUUGGGACCGUCAACAACUUCAACAACUGUGAUGAUAUCUGCAAGUCCUACACUAAAGCUUUCAUCUUCAACAAAUGCCAAAGCAUCAACUGCAGUGGCUGAUACGGGAAACUCUUAUACUUCUUCGCUGGUCAGAUUUACGACAUCUCCAAUAUUAGACACAACGUCAGUUAUGCUUUCAAAUCCAUCAAUUCAACCUUCUUCUGCUCUAACGGCAUCUACUUCUGUAUUAGUUAACUCGAGCACGUCAGGAACGGCAAAUUCCCCCGCAACAAGCGAUGCAUCGCAGACUGAUAAUUUAGAUAGUAGCUCUUCUCAAACGCCUGCACUUUCUUCAUCUUCAUCACUGAUAAGUACAUCACCAAUAACAACGCAAAUAUCUACAAGUAGCUCUGUACCUCAGUCUCAAACUUCUAACUUAAUGAAUACUACACAAACUUCCGAAGUGGCUGUAUCUUCAUCAGUAACUGCUUUACCAGUAUCAACCAGCUCAGUAUUUGUAACAUCUGUCUCACAAUUAUCUUCCACUAUGUCGGAAACAACAGUUUUAACAACUUCGAGUAUAUUACAGCCUUCUUCAACGGAAGUCAUUCAACCAACUUCAUCAAAGUCUACCUCUAAAACGAGCCAUCUAAUAUCAUCAUCAACCGAGUCCAGCACAAGUUCAUCAUCUUCAAGGACGUCCUCCUCAUCUUCAAUGUCUUCAUCUAUUUCUGAUUCAAUCAAACCAACUUCAAGCUCAACAGUUACGCCUUCGUCAAGUGCGACAACACCAUCGCUAAGCUCUUCUACAACAACAGCAGGAGGUCAUGCUGCUAAGACGAAGAAGUCCGGUCCAUCUGCCGGAGGGAAGGCUGCCAUUGGAAUUUUCGUCACAAUCUUGAUACUUGCAGUCAUUUUUGGUGUACUCUGGGCGAGAAAGAGGAAAUGGUUUAGAAAAGGUACUUCAACAUCAACGUCCAUACAAUAUAAAACAUGGAAAUACACGGACGAUGCGUUGUGAUGGAAGCAAUUGGAUUGGUGGAGUAGCUAGGAAAAUAUUUAAGCAUAUCAUCAUCAGUAUCAUCAAGUUCCUGUUUCUAUAUUUCCGUUUUGAAACUUGUGUUAUCCAUCCUGCUUC